AUGUCACAAACUGAUAUCCUCUACGCCUGUGUUAGUUAUAAAGGUGUUUGUUUAGUAGAACAUAAAAUUGCAAAUGGUAAUUUUAUUGAUUUAGCAAGAAGACUUAUCACAAAGAUUCCACCAACAAGUAAAAAGAUUUACACAUCAGAGAAUCAUAAUUUUCACUAUAUUUCAGAGAAUGAUUUAGCGUUUUUAUGUUUAUGUCACGAGAAAUUAGGAGUUCAAAUACCAUCAGAAUUUUUAUCAGAUAUUAGACAACAAUUCAUUCGUUCAUAUGGACAAUCAUUUUCUCAAAAUUCACCAACAGCUACAUACGACCCAUUCAUUAGAGUUUUAGAGGAACGUAUGAAAUAUUACUCAAAUCCAAAAUCGAACAAAAUGAAUUUAGUUAUGGAUCAAGUAUCAGAAGCUAAAGGUGCUUUAACUGAUGCUAUAGAAAAGACAAUUCACAGAGGUGAAAAGAUUGAAAUUAUUGUAGAUAAAACUGAAAGACUUCAAUCAGAAUCAUUUGUUUUUAAAAGUAACUCUGUUGCUUUAAAAAGAAAACUUUGGUGGCAAAAUAAAAAAUUAGCAAUUGCAAUUGGUUUAGUUGUUUGUAUUUUAAUUGCUGUAAUUACCCUUGCUCUCUUAAAAUAUUUCAAAGUAAUUUAA